ACCCACCCACCACCUUCACAUCCACACCUUUCUUCAAAGAUACCAAACUCUCUCUUCUCUCCUUUCUCUCUCUAGACAAGUUAGGUUUCAAUAAGCUCAAAAUCAUGGCGAUAAAGAAGUCGAACAAAGUGGCAGCAGCGUCUCAAGCGGCGUCUCUAAAGAAGAUCUUGAAGAGAUGUUCAAGUCUUGGAAAGAAGAAUCAAGGUAAUUGCUACUUCAACGACGUGCCAAAGGGUCACUUCCCGGUCUACGUUGGUCAGCAACGUAGUCGCUACGUGGUCCCAGUAUCAUGGCUAGCUCAUCCUGAGUUUCAGUCACUCCUCCAACUAGCCGAGGAAGAGUUUGGGUUCGAGCAUGACAUGGGUCUCACUAUCCCUUGUGAUGAAGUUGUCUUUCAAUCACUCAUCUCCAUGUUCGGAUAGAACUCAGUCUAGAAAGAGACUGAUACAUUUCCACACUCUAGACUCGGAAGACCAAUACAUUAAACUUAUUAAUUAUCAAGAAACAAGAAUAAGAAAUACAUAAAUAUAUUAUUUAGGUUCUUUUCUAUGCUAAGAAGACAGAAUCAAAUGGCGGGCAUUGCGUCGGGUGAAGCAUCGACUCGAGAUUUGUGGCUUUAUUAAUAUAUCUAACAGUUUUUAUAUAACCACUCUCUUGGAUGUAUUUUUCCUUCUUAUGAAUGUUUUUUGGGGUCAUGUAUAUUUGUUUUGAAUAUUUUGUAUAUUAGUUUGGUGGGCGACUUUUCCCUUAAGUCAACGUGUGUUGUUGACCGUUGGUUCUUGAGAGGAAUAGCUAGUUUUUUUUUGGUAUUAAUUAUGAAAAAAUAAAAUUUAUUUUUCUUGUU